CGUGUGUGUGUCUGUGAGGGCGUGUGUGUGUGUGUGUGUGUGUGUGUGUGUGUAUGUGCAUGUGUGUGUGUGUGUGUGUGUGUGGUGUAUGCAUGUGGGUAUGGUGGGGUGUGUGCUUGUGGGUGCACGUGUAUGUGUGUGUGUGUGAGUGUGUGUGUGUGUUCGUGUGUGUGUGUUGUGUGCUGGUGUGUGGUGGUGUGUGUGUGGUGUCUGUUUGUGGCGGUGUGUGUGGGGGUUUGUAACCCAGACGUGACAGCCAUCGCUAGCAAGCCUGGCUUCAUGUUGGCUGUGCUUGCGGCCCAGGGCUGGCGCCCAGAGGAACGGGCUAGAUCCUGGAGGGAGCUCUGGCUUCCGAGCUUGUCAUGA